AUCUGUCUUGGAAUUAUUUGGCAGAAAAAAUACACGUAAACUCUGUUGUCAGCUUUCAGUUCGCUCUUCUUCUACACGGAUCGGGCAGCUCUUGUUUGCAGUAGAAAAGUUCUCUUUUUUCUAUUCUAGCCUUAUCGGUCUUUUGUAUUUUCUCUACUUUUCUCACAAUAACCAACAACCAUGGAUGCCAUCAAAAAGAAGAUGUUGGCCAUGAAGAUGGAGAGGGAGCUUGCCACUGAUAAGGCAGAACAAACCGAUCAAAAAUUACGGGAUACAGAGGAUAACAAGAACAAGUUAGAAGAGGACCUUACUACUCUCCAGAAGAAGUUUUCCAAUUUGGAAAAUGACUUCGAUAACGCAAAAGAACAACUUGCUGAAGCAAACCAGAAGCUUGAGACUUCCGAGAAGCGUGUCGGCGAGUGUGAAUCCGAAAUUGCUGGUCUCAACCGACGAAUUCAGCUUUUGGAGGAAGAUCUUGAACGCUCAGAAGAGAGAUUGUCAACUGCCCAGACUAAAUUAGACGAGGCAUCAAAGGCUGCAGAUGAAAGCGAGAGAGCCAAGAAAGCACUUGAAAACAGAGGUGCACAUGAUUAUGACAGAAUCUGCUGUCUAGAAGAUAUGGCAAGAGAAUACACACAAACAGUUAAUGAUGCAGAACAGAAAUACGCGGAGACAGUACGCAGACUUAAAGUUGUUGAACAUGAAUUAGGAAUUGCUGAAGAAACCAGCUUACAUAAUAAAAGCAAAAGGCUUGACAUUGAAGAACAGCUACAUGUAGUUGGUAAUACUUGCAAAACAAUUGAGGUCCAAUGCGAACAGGCCUCCCAAAGAGAGGACAGCUAUGAAGAGACUAUUCGGGAUCUGACACACAGAUUGAAGGAGGCUGAGAACCGUGCCGCUGAGGCUGAAAGAACUGUUUCCAAGUUGCAGAAAGAGGUUGACAGACUGGAAGGCGAUUUGGAGAAAGAACAGCUGAAGACUAAGAAGCUGCAGGAAGAGAUGCAACAGACUUAUAUGGAGAUUCAUGAACUUAUGCAGUAAGAUGCCCAAUGUUAGCCACCCUUUUCUAAUGUUGAGAUGAACUGCUUGCUGAAAAGGAAAGAUACAAAGCCAUCAGUGAUGAGUUGGACCAGACAUUUGCAGAAUUGGCUGGGUAUUAAGUUCACUAUUAUGACUAUGACAGAUCAACUGCUCUUGCGUCAGACUAUUUAGAUAGGUCUUUCUGCAGUCAUGUGAUGAUCAAAAAAAAAAAGAAAUUAUAAUAAUAAUGAACAGCUGUAACAUUUCUGAGCUGCACUUGAUGAAUAAAUACCUUCUUGUCCAGAGUGGAACAGACUAUCAAAAAUUUACUCUUGCAGACAAAUAAAUAAAAAAAAUAUCAUAAAAAAUUUAACCUACCGAAAACCUGUAUCCAAAGUAAAAAGAGAAAAUAACAACACUCCCAGAUCAUAUUUUCUUCUUUCAUCUUCCUCUAUACCUAGACCAAAACUUUGUGUGGUUACUUGUUGACACCUUUGUCGAUUCAUUUUUCGAAUCACUAUGGGGCAAGCAGAACCAAGUUUUAGAUAAUUGACUGCAAGGAAGAAGUAUUUAAGGUUGGCUGGAUGCAUUUAUUUCAUUCUCAUUAGCUUUUGAAAUUCAAAGGAUUAUGGUUCAUUUGUCCAAAUGCCUGUCAAACUUUAUAGCUCAAAAUUAUCUCUUUUUCUAUUUGAUGAGUUUCCAGCCAUCAACACAUAGCCAGCAAAUAGCAUGUAAACUUUUUGGAAGGUUCUAAGCAUCUUUAAAAUUUUAUUCUUAAACUUUGCUACUUCUUUGCUGUUCUCUUGAGUGUUUCUAGCAGAAAUACCAUCUUAAUGUAGCACUUUUUACUGAGGCCUUUCUUUGAUUCUAGGGGGAUAAUGUAAUGACAUUAUUAUGACUAUGGUUAUUCACUCUUUCUUAGCUAAUCUUCUCAACUAUAUCUGACUUCUUUUUGCUGGAUCUAGUUGUGUAAUGGAUCUUGUAAUUCUCUAGGCUAAAACCUUAGCCUAGCUUUGCUGCCACAUCCCCCAGAAUAUAUCGCCAGUUUGUUCUAAUACUAAUAAAAUCCAUAUGCUCUCCAAUUUGUGUUGUUUUCACAAAUAAACACAUAUUUCAA